AUGAACACAGCAACAACAAGCAAUUACAGUAACAGUAAUCGACAACAGCCUCAUACCACUCAGACUCAUCCUCGAUCGAUCACUACCGCCGUACCGGUUUCACUACCGUCGCAGAAUACCUGUACAGGGGCGCAGCAUACCCAGCAUCAACGUCAACAACACACUGUUUCCUCAACGUCAGCUGGUCAGCAGCAGCAGCAACAAUCAUAUCCAACUACGAUUCCUCCUGCCGUCAACAUGUCAUCAUCAGUAAUGGGAGGUAUGUCCUCUCUCUCACCUUCAAGCGCGCAUCAACAGAAUAACAACUUCCGACGAACAAGUGUCGCCUCGUCAAUAACCACCGCCACGCUAGACGACGACCAGAUGGCAACUCCGAUGUCCACUCCACGAAGUACCGAUCCCAAUAACAACAACAAUCUCUACGGACCAGGACCAACCAGCAUGGGACUAGACAUGGGAAUGCUUGGAGGAGGAGGCGGAAACAUGAACGGACUAUUGGGAGGAAUCGGAUCCGGAAUGGUUGUGGGCAGCAGCAGCAGUAGUGCCGGCAACAACCUCCACCAACAACAACAACCCAUCACAUCAGUUUCUCACAUCAACAUGGUCUCCCUAAGCAGCAUGCCCACGAACCUCCAUCCCAUGUCUACCUCGGGUGGUUUUCCCAACCUACCUCUCCCCAACAUCAACAUGCCCAUCUCCAUGCCCAGCCUCACCAGCAUCAACAACAUGAACAUGUCCCCUCACCACAAUCACACUGGAACCCAUCAUGCGUACACCCAACACCCACAUCAGCACCAACACCACAACACCGGGGGCGGAGGAGGAGGACAAAAACCCAUCCGUCGCCGCAUGCGCAUGAUAACCUCCUGCCUCGAAUGCCGUCGACGUAAGCUCAAGUGCAACAAGUGCAAGCCGUGCGUUAACUGCCAGAAGUUUAAUCGCGAGUGUCUCUACCUGGGUCCCAAACUGGACGAGGCGUCGCAGAUGCGACUUACCGAAAUCAAAGAGCAGGUUGGCAGCUUGGAGCGAGCGUUGGAGAGGGAUGUUGCCAAGGGCGCUGCUUCUUCUUCCUCUCAUCAUCUAGACAAAGGGGGUGGAUUCCGGAUGGUGGGCAUGGGCAUGGGCAUGAGGAGGGGGAGUUGUAUCUCCCUUUCUCAUAGGGACGAGAAUGGAGAUGGAAGUGGGGAGGAGGGGGAGCUGGGGGAGGAAGGGGAUGAGGAUGGACAUGAUGAAGGAGAGGAGUAUGCGGAAUCUACGCCUUUUGUGACGGAAGAUGUGGCGUAUGAUGAGAAUGAGACGGAUGAUCUUAUUGACCUGGGGAUACAGGUGGGCAAGAUGAGGAUCACAGAGAGGAUUGGGGGGAUGAGUAGACCGAGGUUAGCGGAGGAGAUCUCGGUCGGUAUCGGAAGCCCUCGCAUGGGAGGGAACUCGUCCAUCCCGGGCAACCCUAACGGAGUGCACCAGCUGGACACAGACAUGAGCUACGAUGCCACCGACCUUUCAGGAUAUCACACGGUAAUUGACCAAGACGGAAACAUUGAACACGUCCCGGACUUCCUCCGUCCCACGGCGGCAUACAUUCCUCCUACCAGCGGCUUCUUCUUUGGUCAAACCGGCCAUCCCCCUUCACUCCUCCAUCUCUUGCCACCCAAGUUCGUUGGUGACGGGCUCUUGGCUCGAUACUUCGCCGCCGUGCACCCUAUUGCCCGAUGUGUGCACAAGCAGUCCUUCCAAACCCUGUACGACGGGUUCUGGCUAGAGAUCCUUAACAACAUCGAGCCCAGGGCGUCGGCGCAGGCCGUGGUGUUCGCUGCCUGGUUCAGUGCUUGCGUGAGUAUGGAGGAGGAGGAAGUGCUGAGGGAGUAUGGGGAGUACAAGGCCAAGUUGCUAGAGGCCAUGAAGAUCGGGACCGAGAUUUCGCUGGCGAGGGCCAACUUUUUAAGGACGACCAAAGUUGAGACGAUGCAGGCUUUUGUCAUGUAUAUGAUCCCCCUCUGCAGAGAAGAAGUCUCCCGGGCUCACUCCGUCCUUGUCGGAGCCGCCGUUCGCAUGGCCGAAUGCAUGGGCCUCCACCGAGACGGCGAAGCCUUCGGUCUCAACCCCUUGGAAACCCACGUCCGCAGACUCAUCUGGCAUCAACUCUGCUUCCUCGACAUCCGGACCUGCGAAGCCCAAGGUCCCAAGCCCGCCAUCCGACGAGACGACUAUGACACCCGCCUCCCCCUGAACUGCGAAGAAGACGUCUUCGUCAAUAAUCAUCCCGGCUACCCUGUCGUCCCGCAAGACCAUCAAUGGACUUCCUCCCUGCUGACCAUCAUGCGCUUCGAAGUCAACCAGAUGAUGCGCGUCAUCUGGUCCGACCGCCGCAAGCUCGAGACCCGCAAGAUGGAACUGCCGCCCGUCAUCAGCAAGAUCGAGAACUUCCGCAAGCGCAUGCUAGAAAAGUACACACCGUUGUUAGACGACCGGGUUCCCAUCCAGCGCUACACCAGAUACGUCAUGAACCUGCUCAUCUACCGACUACACGCCAUGGUAUUGCACCCUUACCACAGCAACACGCCGCACCCAUUGACGGAGCGCAUGAACGGGAUUCUCAUCGAGAGCGGCAUCAUGAUCAUCGAGCACUCCAUCGCCCUCGAGACCACGCCCGAGUUCCGCGAAUGGGCAUGGUACCUGGGUGCCUACCAGCAAUACCAGAUCGCCCUCUUGCUCGCCACUGAGAUCUAUUAUCGGCCCAACAACGACAGGGCCGAUCGCAUCUGGGCGUGUCUGGAUUGGGUGUUUCAGCUGGAACGCGACAUGCCGAGACAGGAGAAGAGUCUGAGGAUCUUGACGGAAAUCCAGAGCAAGACCAGUGUGUACGCUAAUAUGCGCAAGAUGCGCGCCCCGACCGACCUCGUUAGGGCGGUACCCGGCAAGCAGGCCAUUAAGGAAUCGCCUCCGCCGCCGACGCCGAUGAUGCAGACGUCGAGUCAGUCGUUGACGUCGAGCCAGUCGUUGCAGUCUUCGCAGUCGUAUGAUGGUCAUCAACAGCAGCAGCAUGUUCAGCAGCAAGCUCAGGCCCAGGCUCAGGCCCAGGCUCAGGCCCAGGUUCAGGCUCAACACCACCAUCAACAACAGAUGAUGAUGCAGCAACAGCAACCCCUAGUCCUCAAACAAGAACCAGAUAGCAUGGACUGCAACCUCUCUGACAACAAACAACAACAACAACAACAGCAGCAGCAGUUGCUUUUACUCCAACAGCAACACCACCAAGCCCAGACACAGGCUCAACAUAUCCACGCCCAAGCCCACGCCCAAGCCGCUCAGCACUCCCAACAUCCCCAUCACACCCAUCAAGCGCACCAGCACGGGCAACACGCGCAACACCAACACCAACACCAAAGCCAAUGGUCCAACCAACACAACAAUCACUGGCAAAAUAACAUGCCGCCACCGAACAUGGUUUACGCAGGCGUGUCCGAUGGUGCAGUGCUCUGGGGAUUACCUCCGGGAAAUCCCGGGAGUCCAGAGAAUAGUAGUGAUGGGGGGAGUGUGGUGAAUGUGAAUCAACAUGGUAAUUCCCAACAAGGAGGAGGAGGAGGGCAAGGAGGAAGGAAUGGAAGUAUUGCUGCUGGGAAUGGAGGUGUUCCUGGUGGCUCUGGUGCUGGUAGUGGUAAUGGGAAUGGGAAUGAUAGUGGUGGUGGAGGAGGUGCUGGUAAUAACAAUGGAGGGCAAGGAGCAGGAGGGACGGGGUUGCGAGGAGAGGGAUCAGGAUCAGGAGGAGGAAGUGUUGGAGGUGGUGGUGCUAGUGGUGGGCGAGGGACGACGACGAUAAGUGGUGUUGGUGGGAUGAAUGUUGAUUGGAACCUAAUAGAAUCCCUCUUCCCAACCCAUCCCGAAACAGGCCAGCCUUCUUUCCAAGCCUUCGCCGAACCUGUCAUCUCGUUUGUGGACGGCGUUCCGGUUCCUACCAUGCCUUCUUCUCAGCACCACCCACAACAACUCCAACAGCAACAACAGACACAACAACAACAACAACAACAACAACAACACCGGGUACAGGAACACUCCGGAUCGGUGGGACAGAGGCAGGGGCAGGGACAUGCUUCUCAGACGAGACCUGUGAGGGGAGGACAAGGACAAGGACAAGGAGGGCAGGGGUUGAAAGGAGAGGAAUAA